CCUCAGCUGAAAUUGUCGGAUGAGCAGUUUUCACCACAACUUGUUGAUUUUGUAAAUAAAUGUUUGAACAAGAUGCCAGCAUUGAGGUUGUCCGGACAGCAUCUGCUAAGUCACCCGUUCCUACAGAGCCAGCCAGGCUUUGACCCGUCGGUCAUCUCACAGAUGGUGAUGAGCAGACAGCGGCCAGCCCACGAGACCAUGGACUCCUAGCCCAGUGUUAUAUGGUGAUAGAGUACCAGCAUACAGCCUUCCCCUGUGUUACCCCGUUGAGUUUUACAUUUACACCAUCUCCUUUCCAUCCUCCCCCCUCC